CUCCCAUUGUUGGUAUCGAAGCGAGUGGCCGAUAGAGCGGCAAAGAGGCGAUUUGACGCGGACUUUUAAGUCCACCGAAAGCAGAGAGUUAACAAAAUCCACCAGAUCGGGAGCUACGAGUCCAUCCCCGGCGUCAAAGACAAUAUACUCAAGAGGAACAGGAUCUCGGCUACGAUGCCGUGGGGUCCGGACAAAAAUGAGAUCGGGGUUCGACAAAAGCUAGCCACGAAGCUGAACUUCCUGGAAACGUUGGCGAUGAGCUGUUAUGUCUGGACGGAGCCGUGGCUGACCCCCGUGCUCGACUCGACCAACAACAAAGUCUAUACUGAGCUUCUUGCAGUCGACGAGUAUACCGCGGACAAUAAAGAACUGGAAAAUACUAACCUAGCUACCCUGUAUCGAGACUUUAUGACUGCUCGUAUGGUGGACAUGAUGGAAGAGGGACUGAAUACGGCGAACCUCAUGGUCCAAAACCUGGACACGAGCUUCAUCACUGCUGCGAGUGUUGCCACAGGGGCCGGGGAUGAUGGCAUCUCAGAGCUCACCGCGUUACAGAAAGCAUUCAACACUUUGGUCACGCAAUUCGAGCUAAAAUCCACGUCAGAACACGUAUGUUCCAAAUCCAUCACCUUGAGUUGGACGAAGCUGGACAGCGCCAAACGCGACCUGGGCGAUGAGAUUUGCGAAUUACCUACCACCACCACUUCAUCGUCCAGCACGUCGAGAGCCACCACCACAACUACUACCACUGCCGCGCCGUCUCCCGACCCCACGGCACAAGUGGUGAUCGCACUUGCCGAAGACGCCAGUUCCCUCACCCCUUUCAGUUGGCAGUUCUUCGAUGUCGCAAUUGGGGCAACUCUGGAAGCGUGCGACGGCACUGGUGAGAUCUUCGCGCCCAACGACGAGGAUAGCGACGGAUAUCCGUAUCCGGAUGGGGACUGGACGCUGGGCUUCAACGUCGACGGCAUGAGUGGCUGCAGCUACUCCGGCACGAGCGACGGGCCUGGCACGUUGACCUGCCCCGCUCUGUCGGCCCCCGUGCAGUGCCAGACUGCAGGCAACAAGGACACCGUCUACUGUUAUGGCGUGGACGUCACAUCCAUCACUCCGAUGGUCGUGUGUUUGUGGUGAUGAGGCGGCGCUCUCGAU